GAAAACUAUCAGUCAGUUUACAACUGGCAGUACGUCCACUGCCUAUACUUUUGGUGCCGGGCUCUGAGUACGAUGCAUCCAAAUGAAAUCAUGCAACCGCUGAUUUACCCUUUGACCCAAGUUAUCAUUGGCUGCAUUAAGCUGGUACCUACCGCUCGUUUCUACCCUCUGCGCAUGCACUGCAUUCGGGCGCUAACCCUCCUAUCGGAGAGCACGCAGACUUUCAUCCCUGUCCUGCCGUUCAUUCUGGAGAUUUUCCAGCAGGUAGAUUUCAACAAGAAACCGGGGCGAAUGAGUGCCAAGCCUGUUAACUUUGCCGUCAUCUUGAAGCUCUCCAACACCAAUCUGCAAGAAAAAGCCUUUCGUGAUGGCCUCCUUGAACAGCUUUAUGACCUGACUUUAGAAUAUCUCCACAGCCAGUCCUACACAGUCGGUUUCCCAGAACUGGCUCUGCCCGCCAUCCUUCAGCUGAAGUCUUUUCUGAAGGAUUGCAAGAUUGCCAACUAUUGCAAAACCGUCCGUCAGCUCUUGGAAAAACUGCAGGAGAACGCCGCCUUCAUCACCGCCAAGCGCCACAAAGCUUCCUUUGGCGUCUCGAAUCGGGAGGCGGUGGAGCAGUGGGAAAAAACGGUAAAAGCAGAAGGAACUCCUCUAAUGACUUACUACGUGACUUGGAAGAAGCUGAGAGAGAAGGAAAUACAGCUUGAAAUUACUGGCAAAGAACGGAUGGAAGAUCUAAACUUCCCAGAAAUCAAACGCAAGAAGCCGAACGAAAAGAAAGAGGCAGAUAAAAGGGAGUUUAAGGACCUCUUUGAAAUGGAGAGCAGCUCAGAGGAGGAGGAGGCCUCCUCAGAUGUCUUCUCCCGUAAAGAGAAAGGGAAGAAGGCUGCAGACCGUGCUUCCAUGAGCAGCAGUGAGGAAGAGGAGGAGGAGGAAGGAGAAUAUGAAGUGGAGGAAGAGGAAGAAGAUGACGGGAAUCAGAGCGAUUCAGACGACGAGCAGGCCGCCCCUCGACGGAGGAGUCGCCGGAAACCGCUCACUCGGGCAGAGUUGCAACAGCUGGCAGAAGGAGGAGAGGACCUGGUGGAAGACUUGGAUUUUUCCGACGGAGACUGAUGGAUGGAUG